CUAUGUGAGGGUGUGUUUCGUGAAAAACACCACCCUGAAUACUUCCUUGUUACAAAAGACAUCGGAAUUCUGUAUUAUAUAGAACAUAGCGCAACUCAUUCAACAACACAGGGAGAUCCAGAGGGAAAUUAGAGUUUCAGAAAAUGGAGGAUAUGGAGAUAAACCACAGAACAGUUGAUGUAAAUGGAAUCAAGAUGCAUAUAGCAGAGAAAGGGCAAGGUCCAGUAGUAUUGCUGGUUCAUGGAUUCCCUUCGCUUUGGUAUUCAUGGAGACAUCAAAUUCUCUCUUUAGCUGCUUCUGGUUACAGAGCUAUAGCUCCUGAUUUACGUGGUUACGGUGAUACUGAUGCACCUACUUCUCCACAGUCUUAUACAUGUUUUCACAUAGUUGGUGAUCUUGUUGCUCUGAUCGACACCCUGGGUCAAGAAAAGGUGUUUGUAGUAGGACAUGAUUGGGGUGCCAUUAUGAGUUGGUACCUUUGCUUGUUUCGGCCAGACAGAGUUGAGGCGCUGGUGAACCUAAGUGUCGCGUUUACUCCUCGAAGCCCUUUGCAUAGACCAAUUGAAACUUUACGAGCUAUCUAUGGUGAUGACUACUAUAUAAUCCGUUUUCAGGAGCCUGGAGAGAUGGAAAAAGAAUUCGCCCAUGUUGGCACUGAAACUGUCCUUAGGAAAUUUCUAAGCUACCAUAGUCCAGCUCCUGUUAAGAUACCUAGAGACAAAGGGUUCACACCUGAAGGUCCAGUUACCUUGCCUUCAUGGUUAUCAGAAGAAGACAUUCAUUACUACACUACUAAAUACGAAAAGUCAGGCUUCACUGGAGGAAUUAACUAUUACAGAAAUCUGAAUGUAAACUGGGAACUGACGGCACCAUGGACAGGAGCACAAGUAAAAGUACCAGUUAAAUUUAUUGUGGGAGACCAGGAUCUAAGCUAUCAUAUUCCAGGUGUGAAGGAAUAUGUGCAGAGUGGUUUAAUGAAAAAAAAUGUACCAUUUCUGCAAGAAACAGUCGUACUUAAAGGAGUUGGUCACUUCAUCAUGGAAGAACGGGCAGACGAAAUUAGCGGCCAUAUUAUCGAUUUCUUAAAGAAAUUCAAAAAAUGUGCAGUUCUGUCUAAUCCAGUCGGUUCCUGUUCUCUACUAUAAUUUCACUCCUGAUGCUGUAAGAAACACAAUAAAUAUGUAAGAGUUCUUGAUGAAUUGUAUUAUUGUUAAAUGUUAUUGAUUACAUCGAAAA